UAGGCAAAUGAGAAAGCAAAUGUCUUGAAACAUAAACAGUGGUACUUCCCUGGAGGGAGGAGAUGGGGUAUUCUCCUGUUGCUCUGAGUGUUGCCAGGUGCCAGAAGUGGUCCCCAGUGGUGGUGGACCAUUAUUCUGAGUGACGGCCCUUGCACACGCUUCUGAGUGGUUAUCAUGGGCUUCAUUGCCUUUCUGAAGACCCAGUUCAUAGUUCACCUCCUCAUUGGGUUCGUCUUUGUUGUGAGUGGACUGAUCAUUAACUUCAUUCAACUAUGCACGCUAGUCCUCUGGCCCAUAAACAAGCAGUUUUAUCGCCGAGUAAACUGUCGCCUUGCCUAUUCGCUUUGGAGCCAGUUGGUAAUGCUGUUGGAAUGGUGGUCAGGCACAGAGUGCACCUUGUUCUCAGACGAGGCCACGGUGAACACCUUUGGGAAAGAACACGUCAUCAUCAUCUUGAACCACAACUUUGAAAUCGACUUCUUGUGCGGCUGGACUAUGACAGAGCGCUUCGGAGUGCUAGGGAGUUCCAAAGUUCUUGCUAAGAGAGAGCUACUAUAUGUGCCCCUAAUUGGCUGGACGUGGUACUUCCUCGAGAUUGUUUUCUGCAAAAGGAAAUGGGAAGAAGACAGAGAUACGGUUAUUGAAGGAUUAAAACGUUUGGCUGAUUAUCCUGAAUAUAUGUGGUUUCUCCUGUACUGUGAAGGAACUCGUUUUACAGAGACCAAGCAUCGUAUCAGUAUGGAGGUAGCUGAAUCCAAGGGGUUGCCUAAACUGAAAUACCACCUGUUGCCCAGAACCAAAGGUUUCACCACUGCUGUCCAGUGUCUCAGGGGAACAGUUUCAGCAGUGUAUGAUGUAACACUAAAUUUCAGAGGAAACAAGAACCCAUCUUUAUUAGGAAUUCUUUAUGGAAAGAAAUAUGAAGCAGAUAUGUGUGUAAGGAGAUUUCCUCUGGAAGAUAUCCCUCAAGAUGAAAAGGAAGCUGCAAACUGGCUUCAUAAGCUUUACCAGGAAAAGGAUGCUUUGCAAGAGAUGUAUAAUCAGGAAGGCAUAUUUCCUGGCCAGCAGUUUAAACCUCCUAGGAGACCAUGGACUCUCCUAAACUUUCUUUUUUGGGCCACAGUUCUCCUCUCUCCUCUCUUCACAUUUGGCUUUGGAGUUUUUGCAAGUGGAUCACCUCUCCUUAUCCUUGCAUUCCUGGGACUUGUUGGAGCAGCUUCCUUUGGAGUUCGUAGACUGAUAGGAGUAACUGAAAUAGAAAAAGGCUCCAGCUAUGGCAACCAAGAAUUCAAGAAAAAGGAAUAACUGACAGCUGCAGUUCAGCACAUAUAACCAGACUAUGGUAUCCGAUUUAACUUCAGUUAAAAAACAACAACAAACACUUAGAAACUAUCUUUUUCUUAAUAACUGAUGACUAAUAUUAAUGAAAAAAACUUGAGCCAAGAAUGAAGAAGUUGGAGGCAUCAACUGAAGAGAACGCAUCAACUUCCUGCCUGUUUAAGGAUUACUGUAGUCAAACUAUGGGAGAAAAUCUGGGGUGGGGUGGAAGAAGAAACUAAUUUUUCUUGCUUUGUUGGGGGACUUGGGGGUAGGGGGAGAAAAGAGGGCAUUGGCCAUGGCCACAUGCAUCUUCAGAUGACUGAAUACACUGGUUUCUGUCAAAAGCACUACACUCACUUUUACAACAGGAGCCAUUGAAUGUUUCCUCUUGCUAAAGCCAACGUAAUGUUUGUUGAUUUCCAACUUUUUUUAUUAAUGAGCCAGGAAAAAACAACCCUUCUUAAGUUAAUCAACAGAUGUUCACUGGGUUAGAGUCACUUUGGAAAGGCUGUGUUCUCAUGGCUACAGGUGAAAUCCUAUUUGUAUGUGACACUGAUACUUUUUAUUUUUAGACAACGUCUUAAAACUUCUGUAAUGCAAGAGAAUGGAUAGUGGAGUUUGGAAGCAGUGUGUUAUUGAUCAGCACAUACCAUAGAACAGGUCCACUAGUAUUAAAACAGUAUAAAAUUCUCAUCCUAUCUCCUGCUAACUGCUCAAGGCUGCUUAAUUUCAAAAUACUACUUCAGUCUUGAGUGUUGUUUGCCCUGUUUCACA